AUGUCAGACUUAAUUGCAAAAUUUUCAAAGAUUUCUUUAGCUGAUAUUUCAAAAUCAGACUCUUCUAAGUUCCCAGAAUUGUCAGCAGAACAAAAAGCAUUAGCCUCACAAUUCGAAACUUUGGCCAACAGAUUAAACGAACAAGAAUCAUUGAUUGCUUUAAAUGACUCAUUAAGAACCAAGACUUUUAUUGUCGGUAACAUUCCAAGCCAUGCAGAUUUAGUGGUUUUUGAAAAAGUAUUCUCUUUGGCUUCUCAAUGGACUAGCAAAGAUGAUGUUGCAAAAUAUAGACACAUUCUCAGAUGGGCCGAUUUGGUUCAAAAUACAUUAGUUAAUGUCCCAGAACCAAUCAAGAUUAAUUACGAUAUCGACAUACCAAGAGAAAUCAAAGAGAAAAAGAAACCAGCAAAAGAAGCUGAAAAGUCUGCCACCCCAGAACCAAAGGCUAAAGCUACACCAGACGCCGCUCAAGGACAAAGAAAAGAAUUGACCGAAGAGGAAAAGAAAGCCAAAGCAGCCGCCAAAGAGGCCAAGAAAGCUGCCAAAGCUAAAGCAAAUGCUGAAAAGAACAAACAACAACAAGCUCCUGUUGCCACACCACCGAACCCAUCCAUGAUCGACUUCAGAGUUGGGUUUAUUGAAAAAGCCGAAAAGCAUCCAAAUGCAGACUCAUUGUAUAUGUCAACGAUUGAUAUGGGAGAUGCAGAGGGGCCUAGAAUUGUCUGUUCAGGUUUAGUGAAAUACAUUCCAAUUGAAGAGAUGCAAAAGAGAUACGUUGUCGUAGUGGCAAAUUUGAAACCAGUCACCAUGAGAGGUGUCAAGUCUUGUGCCAUGGUGUUAUGUGCUUCUGAUGCCGAAAAAGUCGAAUUUGUUAACCCGCCAGCAGGUUCCAAACCAGGUGAUAAAAUCUUCUUUGAAGGAUUCAACGGUACACCAGAGAAACAAUUGAACCCAAAGAAGAAGGUUUGGGAAGCAGUUCAACCCCACUUUUCCACUAAUGAAAAUUACGAAGUUACCUAUACUGAAGAAGGAAAAGAACCAAAGAGAUUGGUUAAUGAAAAGGGAGAAUUAUGUAAGAACUCCAGUAUUGUUAAAGCUGAUGUCAAAUAG